UGUGCAAAAGUUUCAGUUUGCAUUAGUAGCUGUGAGAGGACACAGUGGCAGAGGUGACAAAGUAGGAGUAGAAGAAACUAGGGUGACACUACUAGGGUUAGUUUUAUCAGUGUUAUCUGUGCUUUCUCGGACGACACAGCUCUGACUCCGUAGUUUUUAAGGUGUUUGUGUGGGCAGGUAAGCUAGCUGAGUGUGAGGAUGAGGUUGAGCGGUGUGCUGCUGUGUGUGCUCCUGCUGUGGGCUGAAGGGUCUUGGGGUGACACACCGGCCAACUGCACCUAUGAGGACCUGGUGGGAACAUGGGUGUUCCAGGUGUCCAAAGGAGGACACGACAAGACCGUCAACUGCUCCGCUCAAGCUACAGGUGAAAGCACAGUGACUGUGACACUGGAGAAACUCUCUGUAGCCACAGACCAGCUGGGCAACACUGGCUUCUUCACCCUCAUCUACAAUCAGGGCUUUGAAGUGGUCAUCAAUGGCUACAAAUGGUUCGCCUUUUUCAAGUACACUGAGGAAGGCUCUAAGGUGACCAGUUACUGUGACCAGAUCCUGCCAGGGUGGGUCCAUGAUGUCCUGGGACGCAACUGGGCCUGCUUUGUAGGGAAGAAGGUAGCUCCAGUACCACCCCGAAAAGAUGUGAGACCAGUCUUCAACAGCUGGCUGCUCCAGAGGCCCUACAAACACAACCUGAACUUCAUUGAGUCAAUCAACUCUGUACAAAGAUCCUGGAAGGCUGCGCCCUAUGCAGAGCAUGAGAUGUACACUUUGCAGGAGCUGCACUACAGAGCAGGAGGGCCCGCCUCACAUAUCCCUAUACGUGCUCGGCCUGCGCCCGUGAAAGCUAAUGUAGCCAAGAUGGCGGCAGCUCUACCUGAGCGCUGGGACUGGAGAAAUGUUGACGGUGUUAACUUUGUCAGCCCUGUGAGAAACCAAGCAUCAUGUGGCAGCUGCUACUCCUUUGCCACCAUGGGAAUGCUUGAAGCUCGCGUUCGGAUCCUCACCAACAACACUGAGAACCCCAUCCUCAGCCCCCAGCAAGUGGUCUCCUGCUCUGAAUACUCUCAAGGUUGUGAUGGCGGAUUCCCAUACCUGAUUGGGAAGUACGCACAGGACUUCGGUAUCGUGGAUGAGUCAUGCUUCCCAUAUAUUGGGAAGGACUCUCCAUGUGGCCUUCCUCAAAACUGUGGCCGCAUUUACACAGCAGAGUAUGGCUAUGUUGGUGGGUUCUAUGGCGGCUGCAGUGAGAUGGCCAUGAUGUCGGAGCUGGUCAAGAAUGGACCAAUGGCUGUGGCUUUUGAGGUCUACCCUGACUUCAUGCACUAUACGGAGGGCAUCUACCACCACACAGGCCUUACAGAUCCCUUCAAUCCCUUCGAGCUGACCAACCAUGCCGUGCUGUUAGUGGGGUAUGGCCGCUGCCACAUGACUGGACAGAAGUACUGGAUUGUGAAGAACAGCUGGGGCACCGGCUGGGGUGAGGACGGCUUCUUCCGAAUUCGCCGGGGAAGUGAUGAGUGUUCCAUCGAGAGCAUCGCAGUCGCAGCCAACCCUAUUCCUAAACUGUAGAAGCUGAAAACUCAGGAUGAGAGGCUUCUGAAUGAUCAAUCUCAGUCGUGAAAUUUGGAUAUAUUUCCUAUGUAGCUUGGCUUUCUUCACUGUUUUGCUUGGAAGGUUGAAAAUUUGAAGCUAAAAUCUGUAACUUUACACAGUAGCAUGUAUCAAUAGUCACAUGGGUAGUCUUAUCUUCCUCUCUAAUCCUACAAAUAGGGUGAAAAUCACACAUUAAGAUGAAAAGUUAUGGAUUUCAGCUUUAAUGCCAAUAUUCCAAAUAGCUUUGAGAUACAUUACAAAGGGAAGUUACCCAGAAUCUGGAUCACAAUCAAAAGUGUGAGUUUGAUUCCUUUUUUAAGCCUAAAACUAGCCUUGCAUUUCUUUUUAAUGAUCCGUCAGCUGUCAAAUGCUUAAAUGUUUACAGUCGUAUACAAAGUAUUUUGUUAGUUUCUGUUGAUUGGUAAAUGAAUGGAAACUUGAAUUGUGGGUGUCGCUGUUUGUCAAGGCAGUGCCGAGCUGUGAAAGAGAUUUUAACAUAGAGCCACUAGGAAUGAAGGGGUUUCGUUGAUACAUUUUUCAACCAGGAACACAGACGGGGUGAUCACAUCAGUGUAGAAGUGGCUAUUUAUGGCUUGGAGCUUUUCCCUUCACCUCCUUGUCAUUCACCUUCUGUCUGUGGAUUUCUAUGCUGGGGGGGAAAGAUUUGUUUUUUACAACCACGAAAGGCAGAAAGGCUAAGAAACCAAACCCAAGUGACAUGUUUUGUGCAUCUAUCCGAUAUCAGUCUAUCUGACAGAACUAAUAAAUAUCACACCAUCUAUUUUUGGGAUUUUGAUAGUGACAAUGGAAGCAUUGGAUCCAAACCCACCAUGAUCUGGCACACAUCAAGCCUUUGGGAACUAUCUGGCAUUAUUUCAAAUGAAAAAAGGGACACUAGAGCUUGUAUUGUAGUUCAUUUUUAGGUUUAAUCUUGAAAGUUUUUAAACAUACCAUUUGUUUAUAGCUCCUAAAAUGAAUUUUAAUUUGAGGGAAACAGUCAAACUGUUUUUUUAAAGCAGUAUUUUUUUUUCUUGUAGUAUAAAAGUUGAAUUUACCAUGUCACCGUAUCGUGAAUCAUUUUUAAUUUUUUGAUGUUUGCUGAUUUCAGCGAUCACUGAUUAGCUGCCAAUUACAAUUGUAUUCAAGCUAUAACUGCCAGUACAAAGUUGGAUUCCAAAUGGAUCGGUACAAACUGUGAAUGCCAGUUGUAACAUUUUUUUAAGAGAACUGAGAAGUCAGUGUUUGUUUGCUUGUCGGGUGCAAGACCUCGAUUCUUUGUCUCAGGGAAGCACAGUGGAGAAUUGGUAUAUCUUUUGUCCUUGCAUCAAAUAGAAAGCAUGACUGCCAUGUUUCUCUCGAGGGUCAUUUGUUCCCUGCGGAGCGUUUAAAAGGGAUUUGUGAAUCAGUUACUAAAGGGAUGCGGCUGAUUGUACUGCCUUUUAUUCUGCCUCCCUUUUGCUGCAUUUUUGUUUUUGAAAUUUGGUGGAAUAAAAGCAUUGCAAAUUG